UAACACAUAUUUACGAUAUAUAAUUGCUUACCCCAAACACUUGUGGUAACAUAUACGUUUAAAACGACAGUUGUUAAAGCGAUUUAUUGCCUUUUGACAACGAUCCUAUUUUGAAAUCAUAUAAUGUAUGAAUACACACGACUCCAUAAUCAAAUAUAUUCUGGAUUUUAAUCUGAUGUUUAAAACGAAACGAAAUUUAAAGCGUGUACAUGAAAUAAUUCACUAAUCCGUCGCAUGUUAUCAUAUGUAGUACAUUGUAUAUAAUCAUUAUUCGACACGUGCACUAUCUAUUAUCUAAUACCAAUGCGUCUGAAAUACCGUAGCAUUGUGUUUUCACAGUUGAACGCGAAGAACUGAGUUCGGGAUAUUUAAAUGUUGCAUUUGCAAGCAUGACUUUAUCAAAAACGUUGGUAUUUAUAUUUGAUUAUAAAUUUGACCUUGACACCCAACUUCCUUUAGAGGCGAUGUUGUUAGAAGGGAAGCCGCUUGUAGAUAUAGCCACACCUGUUGGUAGCUUGUCAGAAACUAGGGUAAUUUGACAGAAUCCCAGCGUUAAGAGACCAGAACGACAGGACUACUCAACAUUUGUGGAAUCUCGCCGAGUUUAUCUCAAAGCAAGGAUUACAUUUUGAACACAACAGACAACAGAUAGUCAGAGUAAUUCGGGGUCACUCGUACACAGACACCAGCGAUAAGGCUAUACAUGAUGAAGGGCCGUAUAGCAGUUAUACUGCUGUUGUUAUCAUAUGUAACGGAGGUGGUACCGAGGUCUUGUAGAAAGUAUGCCAACCAAGUACUUCUGGUAUCCAUGGACGGCUUCAGAUACGACUACCCGGAGAAAGUGUCAACGCCCAACUUUGAUAGAAUGGCGAGGAAAGGUGUGCGGGCGGCUUAUGUAAACAACACUUUCACUACCAAGACAUUCCCGUCACAUUACAGUAUUGCUACAGGUUUGUACGAUGAAAGCCACGGGAUUGUUGGUAAUCAUAUGUACGACCCAAAAUUCAACGAAAUAUUUAGUAUGCGGUCGCACGAGACAAAAUGGUGGGAUCAAGGAGAACCGUUAUGGAUAACGACCCGGAAACACGGGCUCAAAUCAGGGACGCUGUUCUGGCCCGGAAGUGAAGCCGAAAUCCAAGGUCUCCGCCCGAACACGUGGUACGCCUACAAUGAAAGUAUAUCGUUUGAUAAAAGGGUGGAUAUGGUAAUCGACAUGCUGAAGAAAGACAAAUACAACUUAGUCACAACCUACUUCCACGAACCGGACCGAACUGGUCACUUGUUUGGUCCAGAAUCGGUUGAGGUCCGUGAUAAAAUAGCGGAAAUGGAUUCACUUCUUGGCACACUGUUAGAUAAAUUAAACGCCAGUGGCCUUUUGGAUUCAGUUAAUCUGAUUCUAACCAGCGACCAUGGCAUGGCAACUACAGAUUACAACAACAAACUUGUAGACAUAUACGAUUUAGUAGAUCGAGCCAAGAUUAACUUCACAGUGGACUCAGGACCGAUCAUGCAGGUAGUUCCAGUGGCAGGGGAGGUGGCCGCAGUUGUCAGGGGUAUUAACAGGAACCCCAACUUUACAGCCUAUAGAAAGGAAGACAUACCAGAAGAAUGGCACUACAAGAACAACAGAAGGAUUAUGCCAGUAUUCGUAUUGGCUGAUGAAGGCUGGACAAUCAGUCCGAACAAGACAGAGAGCAGAAUGGAGCCCAACAAAGGAAAUCAUGGAUACGAUAAUAGCCUGAUGGUAAUGAAGCCAAUAUUCUACGCCAUUGGACCCAACAUCCGGUCAGGAAUGUCAGCCCCGCCACUAAAAUCAAUCGACAUCUACCCUAUGAUAUGUGAACUUCUUGGUAUACCGCCAUCGCCUAACAACGGUUCACUGGACAAUACUGCCAGUUUCAUCAGGUCAUUCCCAGAAGAUGAACAGAUAUGUGAUGGAACCGGCAGCAGCAGGAUCAUUAGAUAUGAAGCAAUACUUGUGUGUCUGCUACUGCUGCUCAAUGUUAUGAUUACUUAGGUUGUUUUUUUAUAUCUUGGUAAACAGAACAAUGCAUCAAAUUACCACUAUGUUCAGCUGCAAUGUGAAUACCGUAUAACGUACUCAUAUACCAAUUGAUUUAGUGUCCACAAAUAAAGUUGAUUUUAUACAAUUAUAGCUGUUCGAUUUCGGUCAAUAAAUGGCUUUAUUAACUCGAGAAAAAACAUCGCCCGAGGACGAGGUCCCAGGUUGGAUAUUUUCUCAGGUAAAUAAAGCCAUGAUUCCACCGAAAUCAAAAGUCUUUUAUAGUUUCAAUAUGAAAUGGAAAUUAAAAUAUUAGUGAAUGCAAGCAAAUGUUCCUGAAAUAGUCUACAACGUGACAAAAUAUUCAAUAAGAGAGACUACAAAUGAAAAACAUACCUUUUAAACACUACACACUCCAAACAGUUUAACUUUUCACCAAAAGUAUUUGCAAUGUAUUAAUUCAUAAGGUAAAAUGUAAAAUGUAAUCGUUUCAAAAAUUGCAGACAUUGUGCGACAAUACCAAGGGGAAGAAAUUCAUAACCUGUAAUCUGUUUGGAAAUACCCAGUCAACAGUUUUUCAUUUUUUUUAAAUAAAUACAUCUAUUAUUCUACUAUUAUUCUACUAGACUAUUAUCUAGUAUAAUACUUUUAAGUAUUUAGUUACUAUACUUUGAAAAACAAAAAUCAUUGAAGAGAUAUAAAAAAAAAACCGACUUGAACUUUAAAACUGGAUGUGAAACCAGACGUUUCCUUCAAAACGUGUAGUGUCAAACAUUUUCCGCAGAGAACUAUUUACUGUUGCCAUAUUUAAAUGGACGCUGAAUAAAUGAAUAAGUCGUCAGACCAGCCGUUCACAUAAAAAAAUUAUUAUGUCCUUUAUAUUACUGUAGCUCAUGCAGUCAAUAUCAAUGUUUUCCGCUCUGCAUCGAAUUUAAACAUGUUUAAUAUGUCAUAUUAUGUAAAUAUCUAUAAAAUGGUAGCAUGGAAAACCUAGAGCUCAAUGUGACAAAGACAAUAACGCGCUGUAUUUGUUUGUAUACAUAAGAUGAGGACCAAUCAGAAUCAAGUAGACAGGUAUGUUUCUACCUAUCAGAAAGACAUUGAAUAUUUAGGAUUCCAAUGCCAUAAUGCUAUGUACUGUUUUGUAUAUUAUCAAUACAUGUCUAGUGUAUCAUGGCGAGAUCGUCGUAUUUAAAUUACAGAAUAGUCCUUUAGUAAUGUAUAUUUAGCAGGCACGGUUUGUCCGAAAACGAUAUCAACAUGGUACUUUUGAUAUUAUAAGGGUAAAAGGAUGCGUUUUAAGCUAAGGAAUGGCAUCACAUUGCGCGUCCUCGGUACUCUAGUCGCUAUAAUCACGGUCUCUUCUCCCCCUGAAUACCCCUGGAGUAUCGAUGAUGCACAUUGCGGAAAACAUAUGAAACAUUCUCUGCUUGUAAUGCUUGAAUUUAAAUCAUUACUUCAUUUAUCAUGUGUACGUGUACUGAUAUAAAAAAAUAAAUGACAUGGUCCUAUCCUUUUUGUAUGGUGUUCCGCUAGGGCCAAAUUUCCAAUAUCGCUUCUUCGCUCCUUCGACCAAAACGCGAAGGAGCGAAAACACGAAAUACGCUCCUUCGCCAUCGUGUUUUCGCUCCUUCGCUCUUUCGCGUUUAGGUCGAAGGAGCGAAGGAGGGAUAUUGGAAAUUUGGCCCUAACGGAACACCAUAUUUUUGUACUCGUUGAUAGAUUCUUAAUCUACUUGUCGCAAAAUGAAGUGCAUAAUGUGGCUUGUAAUAUAAAUACUUCCAUAUACAUAUAUAAUGUAUAUGUUCCUUUACACUUUGCAUUAAAUGUCUUAAAAUUCAGUAAAUAUCAUUAAA